AUGUUCGACGCUAUCAAGAACUGGUUCUCCCCGGCCAAUGAGUCGGCCCCUGAAUCUCAGUGGGAUGCCCGCACUGUCCAGGUUCAGCAGCCCGGCAGCCCUGCCGCUAUGAACGAGGCCGUCAGCCAACAGCCGCAAGGUCCUGAGGGCAUGAGCCAAGUCCACAUGCGCGGUGGCGGUGAAGAGGGUGAUGUCUGCUGUGGAGUUCGCACUGUUUACUAA